CUCUGGAGUUAUUCCAACUUGAACCCUCUCGAUCAGACUGAUAGAGCUCAACCACACCAUUCUCCGCCCAUAAUUCGGUCCCGGCCGACCUCACACGACCACCUCCACGACCAUGUUCGGCUUCAUAGCCGACAUCCUCACCUCCCUCAUCUCCAUCCUCCUCCCCGUCUUCUUCUCCUACAAAGCGCUCCGCACCUCCGAUCCCGCCGUCCUCACGCCAUGGUUGAUGUAUUGGACGACGUUCUCACUCUUCCUCCUCGUCGAGAACCAAUUUUACUUCAUCCUAUACUGGAUCCCCUUCUACAGCUGGAUGCGUCUCUUCAUCCACAUCUACCUCGUUCUACCGGGAUCUCAAGGUAGCGUCUACCUUUACAAGCAAUAUCUGGGACCCUUUCUCGAAGACCACGAGCGUCAACUCGACCGUCUGAUCAGUAAUGUACACGCCAAGGGUCAGGCGGCAGGAAUGGACGCUUUCAGACGAGCAUGGGACUAUAUCCGAGUGCAAUUCAUGGGAGGAGAACCACGUUGUCCGACACCACCGCAGAGUCGCAAUGUCAGCUAUACGACCUCUCUCUUCAACCGCUUCGCCAUGCCCAGCGCACGAGACGGACUCGCAGCAGCAGGUACAUCGGACAUUUUCAACCUCAUCGGCAAUGCUCUCAAUCAGCAUCCAUCAUCAUCUUCCCGCACUGAACAAGCUCGGGAUCUCGCUAGCUCAGGCACACUCGUCCCACCAGACCUCGCACCGGCCGAACGCGCGACUUUCGUGGACACCCAACGCGAGCGUCUUCGUACCCUCUUGCAAGCCUACGAGUCCGAAGCUCUGGGUAGCCACGUCGACACUCCACCAGGUGGGCUCUCACCUCGAGUCGGAACUCCUCGCCAGCCAUCAAGUCGCAAACCUGUGCCCUCUUCGCAAGACGCUCUAUCGCGGUCUCGAUCAGAGUCGGAGUUUGAGGACCUAGGCUACGAACCUAUGCCUGACCCGGAGCACUUUCUUCCACGAGAGGACGUGGCCUCAACGCCAAAGGAGGGAGGUGCAGGGUGGAGUAAUUGGAUUUGGGGCAAUUAUGGGGAGAGGGACUCUGCUGCUCCUACGAAGAAGGAUGAUUGAGUUGGACAUAUGCCGGCGUUGGUAGGGUUUUUGGAAGUUUACGAAUUAUGGCUCAACGGAUGGACAUCGGCGUUGGACGGAUACGCGCUGUCGGCUCACAGGACGAGCGUAGGAGUGCAGUGUAGAAGAGGCCAAAGCAGGGUCAUCCAUCGCCCUCUGCGCGAAAGACGACAUGUGCCCGGUUCAUGAAUCCCAAAAUGCGCAGACGACAAAUGCCCAAGA